AUGUCUCACUCAAACACCUUUCAUUGGAACCUCAUGAUAAGAGGCUAUACGGAUAACGACUUCUUUCUACAUGCUCUCAACUUGUAUAUCACAAUGCGCUUUCAAGGGGUUUCCGCCGAUCAUUUUACAUACCCUUUUGUCCUCAAAGCUUGUGGUGGCUUGUUGGAUUUCCGAGAAGGCGAAAAGGUUCAUGGGAGCUUGUUUAAAAUGGGUCUGGCUGAGGAUCUUUAUGUUUGCAAUUCACUCCUCAUUGGGAUGUAUGGCAAGUUUGGUCACAUUGAUUCUGCAGUCAAGUUGUUUGAGGAAAUGCCUCUUCCAGACUUGGUUUCUUGGAAUUCAAUGGUUGACGCCAAGUGUAGGUUGUUAAGUUAUGCAGAGAAGAUUUUCGAUAGUAUAUCUUCGAAGAACAUUGUUGCUUGGAAUGCAAUGAUUGGUGCUUAUGCUCUGAACGGUCAACCAAUUCAGGCUUUUGAUUCUUUGGAGAAUAUACUCAAGGAUGAUAAAUUGGCUGUUGAUAAUGUCACACUCAUAAACCUGCUUCCUUCCUGUGCACAACUAGGAGCUGUUUUGCAGGGUAAGACUAUCCAUGGACUUGCCAUAAGGAAAGGCUUUCUACCUCAUCCGGUAUUGGAAACAGCUUUGCUCGACAUGUAUGGCGAGUUUGGAAUACUGAAGUUGGCAGAGGUAACCUUCGAUCAAAUGAUCCAUCAUGAGAAUUCACCCUCCUCCUUCGCAUCGAAGCACUAG